AUGUCCAUCUCCGGAAUGUCGUUCUGGUUUUGGAGGGUCUUCCAGAUCAUCACUCUGAUUCCGACGCUCGGAAUGCUCGCAUGGUUUGUGGAUUGGUUCAACUCGCGCAACCUCCUCACGCCGCGAUCCAUCCUCAUUCUCUUCAUCGUAUCCGUGGUUGCCGCAGUAUGGGCUAUGGGAACGCUGUUCCUUUAUGCGCGCGCACGUCACUCGGCCAACUUUGUCGCCUUCAUCGACCUUCUCUUCGUCGGCGCCUUCAUUGGCGCAGUCUAUGAGCUUCGCGGCAUCGCCAGCGCCGACUGCACAAACAUCAGUCAGAGCGGCUCGUACAGUGCAGACGCGGGACUAUUCACCAUCUCUGGAAACACUUAUGGUGUGGAUGUGAACCGCCAGUGUGCUAUGUUGAAGGCAUCAUGGGCAUUCGGCAUCAUGAACAUCAUCUUCUUCUUCAUCACCACCCUCCUCGCACUCUUGGUCCACCGCCACCACCGCCAUGACCGCGACCGCGUUGUCGUCAAGCGCGAAGUCCACCGCUCGCGCCACGGCCACCGCUCCCGCAGCCCUCGCUACUCGACCACUUCGCGUCACAGCCAGAGCCGACGCAGCUACGUCUAAGCGCAAGUCACCUUAUCUAGAUUUGCACUUGGGUCGAGCCUUGAUCGCGGCGACGAUCAAACAACGAAUUUUCUUUGGACAUAAUUUUUGCUUUGCACGAGAUACCUGGACUGGACAUAUGAUGGUCAUCAUACGACCAAUGAUCUGUACGAUGAGAGCGUGAAAGUCGCUCUGUAUAGUUUUGUAGAUAGCUCACGAAAUAUUCAUGACACACCACCAAC